CCCUUCACACCUUUCCCUGGUUCACAUCUCUUCCUCUCUCGCUAUCUCUGUCUUGAAUUUGAUAUGUUUCUUGAUCUCUUGUCCUUCUUCUGAGGCUGAGACCGAGGACAGAAAUAUAAUAUAUCUUUCACUCUUUUGCCUCUUUCCCAUUUCUCACUUUUCAUAUAAGAAACAAUAAGACCCUUUGCCUUUAUUCUCCUCUUCUUCCUCUCUGAAUAUAGAUCUCUCUUAGCCUACGAGUGUUAACUAGAAUUCUGCAAGAGUCGGCACAGGGAAAAUUGGAUAUAGAGAAAUUUUUUGUAGAGAUACUUGUAUACAUAAUACAGAGUUAGUUGAUCAAUUUUUGGGAUCAUGAAGCACAGGGAGAAAGAUGGAAAACCGUCAUCUCAUCCAGAUAAAAGUUCAAGGACAAUUCCCAUGGCAAUAAUGUUUAUCGUGCUAUGUGGCUUUUCAUUUUAUCUUGGAGGAAUCUUUUGUUCUGAGAAGGACAGAUAUGAAACUGUUGAAGAUGCAAUUGAAUCACCCAAGUCAAUUGCUGCAGGCCCUCUCCAAAUAAAAGAUGUUUCCUUUCCUGAAUGUGGCCUCGAUUAUCAGGCCUACACUCCAUGCACUGAUCCAAGGAGAUGGAAGAAGUAUGGUUUGCAUAGGCUGACUUUUCUAGAAAGGCAUUGCCCUCCAGCAUUUGAAAGGAAAGAAUGCUUGGUUCCCCCGCCAGAUGGCUAUAAGUUGCCCAUCAGAUGGCCUAAGAGCCGAGAUCAGUGUUGGUACAGAAAUGUUCCAUAUGACUGGAUUAACAAACAAAAGUCCAAUCAACAUUGGCUGAAGAAAGAAGGGGACAAGUUCCUCUUUCCUGGUGGAGGUACCAUGUUCCCCAACGGAGUUGGAGAGUAUGUUGAUCGGAUGCAGAAACUCAUUCCCGGAAUGAAGGAUGGGACUAUCCGCACUGCCAUUGAUACUGGGUGUGGGGUUGCAAGCUGGGGAGGUGAUUUACUAGACCACAAUAUUUUGACAGUCUCCCUUGCACCAAGAGAUAAUCACGAGGCUCAAGUUCAGUUUGCUCUUGAACGUGGGAUUCCUGCGAUUUUGGGAAUCAUUUCAACACAGAGACUUCCUUUUCCAUCAAAUUCAUUUGACAUGGCUCAUUGCUCAAGAUGCCUCAUCCCAUGGACUGAAUUCGGUGGAAUUUACCUUCUUGAAAUACAUCGUAUACUUCGUCCUGGGGGUUUUUGGGUUCUCUCUGGCCCACCUGUGAACUAUGAAAACCGCUGGAGAGGAUGGAAUACUACUAUUGAAGAGCAGAAAUCAGACUAUGAAAAAUUGCAAGAAUUGCUUACUUCCAUGUGCUUCACAUUUUACAAGAAGAAGGAUGAUAUUGCUGUGUGGCAGAAAUCUUCAGAUAAUAACUGCUACAAGAAGCUUGAUUCUCCAGAUAACUACCCAACAAAGUGCGAUGAUGGUACUGAGCCAGAUUCAGCUUGGUACACUCCACUUCGGCCUUGUGCUGUUGUUCCUGAUAAUAAGUACAAGAAAUUAGGGUUGAACUCAAUUCCCAAAUGGCCCCAAAGACUGCAUGUUGCUCCUGAACGUGUUACAGAUGUUCGUGGUGGCAGUGAUGGUGCUUUCAAUCAUGAUGAUAGUAAAUGGAAGGCACGAGCUAAGCACUAUAAGAAGUUGUUGCCUGCAAUCGGGACGGAUAAGAUAAGAAAUGUGAUGGAUAUGAACACAUUGUAUGGAGGUUUUGCGGCGGCUUUGAUUGAUGAUCCCUUGUGGGUGAUGAAUGUGGUUUCCUCAUAUGCAAGCAAUACACUUGCUGUGGUGUUUGACCGGGGCCUUAUUGGAACCUACCAUGACUGGUGCGAGGCUUUUUCAACAUAUCCAAGAACUUACGAUAUACUUCAUGUAGAUGGCCUCUUCACUGCUGAAAGCCACAGAUGUGAAAUGAAGUACGUCUUGCUGGAGAUGGAUCGCAUAUUGCGGCCUAACGGGUAUGCAAUCGUCCGCGAGUCCAGCUUUUAUGUUGAUGCUGUUGCAGCCAUAGCUAAGGGCAUGAAAUGGGGAUGCCGUAAAGAAGAUACAGAGUAUGGUGUUGACAAGGAGAAGAUAUUGAUUUGCCAGAAGAAGCUCUGGUAUUCUUCCACUAAGCAGACUUCAUGACAAAGAUGAUGAAACAUGCAAAGAACAAAAGAUACUAUAGUUCUGGUGAAGAGUCUCAAAGGAGAUCAGAUAUAUAUACACCAACCAUAGGAGACAAUGUCCCAUACAAACCACAGAAGAUAUUUGUUUGAGAAAAUAUGAACACAAUUUUCAAUUGGAGAAUUGGCUAUAUCCCAAUAAUUUUUUCCUGAUUUUUUUUUCUUAGUGUAUUGUAAACCAUACUAUAUUCUUUAUUAGGUUCAAUGUUUAGGUUUUUUUGUAUUUCUAAUUUUUCUCCUUUUUACUCUUUUUUUUCCCAUGCCAAGGCCAGCUGUGGUAAUGUAAUGUGUUGUAUGCAUAUCAUCUCAGCUCAUUGGCUCAUUUAGUAAUGAAAUUUGCUCUCAUAUUCAAGUUUCCAA